AUGUCGCUUCCAACACUCAACUGCGAUUGCACUUUUGAUUUCAUGGAACCGCCCAAGUCCAAGGACAUCGAGUCCUCUGAUCUCACAGCAGGUGCAUCAAUAACCGAGACCUACACCUAUACCGUUCGCCUGGUACCUCAGCAUUAUCUUGAAAUAAUUGGUGUUGGGGCCUCUAGUCAGGUGUAUAAGGUCAAUGAUAACAUUGUUCUUAAAACUAGUCGGGUCUUUGAAAGGCCUGGUCCGGAUGCCUCCCCGCGCGACCAGUGGAAUUAUGCUUCAGAUACCAUCUUUCACUCUAAUCUGCUGAAAAACGAACGAACUGUCUUUCGAAUACUUCAAAGUAGACCUCAUCCAAAUCUUGCGGCCGCAAUUGACACAGAUCAACCAGAGGGCAUAUAUAUCCGGAGGUACCGAGCUGCAGAUCCUAAAAUCAGCCUCUCACAGCCUCAACGGAUCAAGUUAUACUUCAGUAUCACGGACGCCCUGCGCCACCUACAUAGCCUCAAAAUUGUACAUGCAGACGUGCGAAUUGACAAUAUCCUGUUCGAUGACCAGGACUGGGCGAUACUGUGUGACUUUAGCGCUGCCAGCCCGUGCGGCGAGCCUAAUUUUGUCUUCCCGGAUUUACCGCUUCCCUUGAAUGGCCCAGCAGCGAGUUUGUCUGAAGCGACAGACAUGUUUGCAAUGGCUUCGCUGAUCUUUCAAAUGGAACACGGGGUGUCUCCUGUUCUUUCCAUCGAGAAUGGCGUAUUAGCUCUUCCUGAAAUGAACUCGGGGAUCCAGAGCCUCGAUGAUAUUGUUCGGAACGCAUGGCUGGGGAAAUAUACCUGCACAAAAGAGAUGCUACAGCACCUUUCUUCGAUUGAAGCACAGACAAAUCAUUGCUCUCAUGGGGCACCACUCUCCCCUCGAGUUGAGGACUUGUUAAGAAAUCAAGUUCAAGUGUGGAGGCGCAGCAGAGAGAAUACUCUUGGUAAGGUUGCCCCAUCUUGGAAAAUGCAAAUUUUUGGACAUCUGGGUAAUCGGUCACUAACAAAUGAUGAAGGGACUGUCCUUGAGGGAUUACUUUCAGAAGAGCAACUCAAAGCACUAGCAGAUAGUAAUGGGAUGGAUAUGAAUGCUGAUCUACAUUUCGCUCAUUACGAAAUGCCUGCAUCGUGCUAA